AUUCGGGCUCCCGCCUCUGUUCAGUUCCAGAGACAAUUCAUGGGUCUUGCGGCCACCGAGGCGCUGUCCCUGACCACCAGCACGAGACCCCUUUCUAUCGCGCCAGUCCUGUGGUCUCCGCACCUCUCCAGCUCCUGCACCCCCGGCCCCCGUGGUUCCCAGCCGCACAGUAGCGUGUCCUGGGUAGCGUGAGGACCCACGGAGCUGGGCAGGUGCCACGAGCCCGCCGCCUCUUCGCCGCCCGCCGCCUCUCCUCCUCUCCCGCCCGCCGCCUGGCCCUCCCCUACCAGGCUGAGCCUCUGGGUGCCAGAAGCGCGGGGCCUCCGGGAGAAUAUGUGCGGUCGCCCGCUCCGCGUGCGCCUACGCCUUCUGCUCCAGUUGCUUUCCCAAUUGAGCGGAAAAGCCGGGGCAUGUUGCCGGGGCCCUGGGCGGGACGGUUGUGCCCUGCAGCCCGAAGCCCGCCGGGGCACCUUCCCGCCCACGAGCUGCCCAGUCCCUCUGCUUGCGGCCCCUGCCAACGUCCCACAGGUUGGAAACCAGACCCUGCAGCCCCCAGCUAGCCCGAAGGAAGCCCAGACUGACGUCGCAGGGUAAUGGGGACCCAGAGGUAGCUCUGUGGGGCCCCAUCAGGACCUCAGCCCUUAGCGGGGCUUUCCGUGUGACACCGUGGGACCUGAACUGGGGAGGUCCCCCUUGCAUAGAAUUACAAGGGGCAACUGUAGGAAACAAUUAAAUCUAUUAUGAGCUAAGUAUUGAGAGUUCCACGGAUUGAGGCCCUCUCUAGAAGGCUUAGACGUGGGGUAGCCGGGGACACUGGGUCCCCUAGGAGCCUCCCCAGGCUUAAUGAUUGUCCAGAAGGCGGCUAUAAAGGGAGCCUGGGAGGCUGGGUGGAGGAGGGAGCAGAAAAAACCCAACUCAGCAGAUCUGGGAACUGUGAGAGCGGCAAGCAGGAACUGUGGUCAGAGGCUGUGCGUCUUGGCUGGUAGGGCCUGCUCUUUUCUACCAUGGCAGCCCAGGGCUAUGGCUAUUAUCGCACUGUGAUCUUCUCAGCCAUGUUUGGGGGCUACAGCCUGUAUUACUUCAAUCGCAAGACCUUCUCCUUUGUCAUGCCAUCAUUGGUGGAAGAGAUCCCUUUGGACAAGGAUGAUUUGGGGUUCAUCACCAGCAGCCAGUCGGCAGCUUAUGCUAUCAGCAAGUUUGUCAGUGGGGUGCUGUCUGACCAGAUGAGUGCUCGCUGGCUCUUCUCUUCUGGGCUGCUCCUGGUUGGCCUGGUCAACAUAUUCUUUUCCUGGAGCUCCACAGUACCUGUCUUUGCUGCCCUCUGGUUCCUUAAUGGCCUGGCCCAGGGGCUGGGCUGGCCCCCAUGUGGGAAGGUCCUGCGGAAGUGGUUUGAGCCAUCUCAGUUUGGCACUUGGUGGGCCAUCCUGUCAACCAGCAUGAACCUGGCUGGAGGGCUGGGCCCUAUCCUGGCAACCAUCCUUGCCCAGAGCUACAGCUGGCGCAGCACGCUGGCCCUGUCUGGGGCACUGUGUGUGGUUGUCUCCUUCCUCUGUCUCCUGCUCAUCCACAAUGAACCUGCUGAUGUUGGACUCCGCAACCUGGACCCCAUGCCCUCUAAGGGCAAGAAGGGCUCCUUGAAGGAGGAGAGCACCCUACAGGAGCUGCUGCUGUCCCCUUACCUGUGGGUGCUCUCCACUGGUUACCUUGUGGUGUUUGGAGUAAAGACCUGCUGUACUGACUGGGGCCAGUUCUUCCUUAUCCAGGAGAAAGGACAGUCAGCCCUUGUAGGUAGCUCCUACAUGAGUGCCCUGGAAGUUGGGGGCCUUGUAGGCAGCAUCGCAGCUGGCUACCUGUCAGACCGGGCCAUGGCAAAGGCGGGACUGUCCAACUACGGGAACCCUCGCCAUGGCCUGUUGCUGUUCAUGAUGGCUGGCAUGACAGUGUCCAUGUACCUCUUCCGGGUAACAGUGACCAGUGACUCCCCCAAGGAUGUUGCUUUCUGGACUCUGGCUCUUCACCCUCUCGCGGAGCUCACAGGCUUUACAGAGCAUGAGCUCUGGAUCCUGGUAUUGGGAGCUGUAUUUGGUUUCUCCUCGUAUGGCCCCAUUGCCCUGUUUGGAGUCAUAGCCAACGAGAGUGCCCCUCCCAACUUGUGUGGCACCUCCCACGCCAUUGUGGGACUCAUGGCCAAUGUGGGCGGCUUUCUGGCUGGGCUGCCCUUCAGCACCAUUGCCAAGCACUACAGUUGGAGCACAGCCUUCUGGGUGGCUGAAGUGAUUUGUGCGGCCAGCACAGCUGCCUUCUUCCUCCUACGAAACAUCCGCACCAAGAUGGGCCGAGUGUCCAAGAAGGCUGAGUGAAGAGAGUCCAGGUUCCGGAGCACCAUCCCACGGUGGCCUUCCCCCUGCACGCUCUGCGGGGAGAAAAGGAGGGGCCUGCCUGGCUAGCCCUGAACCUUUCACUUUCCAUUUCUGCGCCUUUUCUCUCACCCGGGUGGCGCUGGAAGUUAUCAGUGGCUAGUGAGGUCCCAGCUCCCUGAUCCUAUGCUCUAUUUAAAAGAUAACCUUUGGCCUUAGACUCCGUUAGCUCCUAUUUCCUGCCUUCAGACAAACAGGAAACUUCUGCAGUCAGGAAGGCUCCUGUACCCUUCUUCUUUUCCUAGGCCCUGUCCUGCCCGCAUCCUACCCCAUCCCCACCUGAAGUGAGGCUAUCCCUGCAGCUGCAGGGCACUAAGGACCCUUGACUUCUGCUGGGCCCUAAGUCCUCGCAGCAGCGGGCGACUGCUGUUGCCAAUACCUCAGACUCCAGGGAAAGAGAGGAGGCCAUCAUUCUCACUGUACCACUAGGCGCAGCUGGAUAUAGGUGGGAAGAAAAGGUGACUUGUUAUAGAAGAUUAAAACUAGAUUUGAUACUGAA